AUGUCGUCGAGAUAUUCACUCCGCCAAACGCCUCGAAAGAAGGAGCCUUUCGAUGGCAUGGUCGAGACGCCUGGCCGUCGCGUGUCUGGCAAACGCAAGACGCCCCUGACCCUCGACGCAUCCGAUGCCGAUGGCGACUCAAGCUCUGCCGCUGAGACCACCACCUCGCUGCGCACGCGAUCGCUGCGCAAGCGCGGCGUCCCCAAGUUCACAGAGCACAUAGACGACGACGAUACGCUGCCAACAUCGAGCGUCCUGUUAGACACGAACAACCUACCUCAGCCGGCCGCAAACGGCAAACAUGACUUUGAGGAAGACGUGAAGCCCAGGUCGGUGACCAGUGGUCACGCCAACGGCGCCAACGGCCACAAGAACGGCGCCAAUGGCAAGGUGGCCGAGGACAAGGUCGUGGACGGCUGGAAGCCCGGCAUGGAUCCCAAGAUCGACUACUCGGGCAACUUCGAGUUCGGCGGCUCUCUGGGCGUGUCGGCCAUGAUGAUCGGGUUCCCUCUGCUCAUGUGGUACAUGUGGAUCGGCGCGACCUACUACGAUGGGAAGUUCCCUACGCGCGCCGAGGGCCAGAGCUGGGCCGACUUCUUCUCACACCUCGGCCACCUCGUCUACACGGGCGCGUUCCCUCACCUCAGGGCGUGGGCCGCCUACUGGAUCUUUGGCGUCUUCGAGGUCGUUCUCUACCUCUAUGCGCCCGGAGUCUAUGCGUACGGCAAGCCCCUGCCCCACGAGGGUGGCAAGCAGCUCAAGUACUACUGCUCCGGCUUCUUCUCGCUCUACGCCACCCUGGCCGUCGCCGCUGUCUUGCACCUCACUGGUGUCUACAGGAUCUCGGCCAUCAUCGACGACUUUGGCCCGCUGCUGUCCGUCUCGAUUCUCUCAGGGUACAUCGUCGCGAUCCUCGCCUAUUUCUCUGCCAUCUACCGGGGCGCCCAGCAUCGCAUGACGGGUUAUCCCAUCUACGACUUCUUCAUGGGUGCUGAGCUUAACCCGCGCAUGUUUGGCAUUCUCGACUUCAAGAUGUUCUUCGAGGUCCGCCUGCCCUGGUACAUCCUGCUGCUGCUCAGCGUCAGUAACGCUGUGCGGCAGUACGAGCAGUACGGCUACGUGUCGGGCGAGGUCAUGUUCCUUGUGAUGGCGCACUGGCUCUACGCCAACGCAUGCGGCAAGGGCGAGGAGCUCAUCGUCACGACCUGGGACAUGUACUACGAGAAGUGGGGCUUCAUGCUCAUCUUCUGGAACAUGUCGGGCGUCCCGCUCUCCUACUGCCACUGCAUCAUCUACCUCGCCAACCACUCCCCCGACGAGUACCGCUGGAACCGCGCCUUCCUGGUCGGCCUGUACGUCUCGUACCUGUUCGUCUACUGGGUCUGGGACAGCUGCAACGGCCAGAAGAACAGCUUCCGCUCCAUGGAGCGCGGCACCUACACCAAGCGCAACACCUUUCCCCAGGUCCCGUGGCAGUCCAUCAAGAACCCGCGCAAGAUCCCCACCGCCACGGGGGACUGCCUCUUCGUCGACGGCUGGUACGGCAAGGCGCGCAAGCUGCACUACACCUGCGACGCCUUCUUUGCCAUCUGCUGGGGCCUGAUCACGGGCUUCAGCAGCCCCUUCCCCUGGUUCUACCCCGUCUUCUUCUGCUGUAUGAUCGCACACCGCGCUGCGAGGGACAUCGAGCGGUGCAGGGAGAAGUAUGGCGACGCGUGGAAGGAGUAUGAGAGACAGGUGCCCUACCUGUUCAUCCCUUACGUCAUCUAG